AUGGCGAACCAAUCUACAGUUUCUGAGUUUAUACUUAUUGGAUUCCCAGGAAUUUCACAGAAGUUGCAUACUUUGGUUUCUGUCAUAAUAUUUCUAAUGUAUAAUACAGCAUUGUACUCAAAUGGAAUUGUAAUUGCUGUAAUUCUUCUAAAAGAACACCUGCACCAGCCGAUGUAUGUCAUGAUUGCAAAUCUAGCUCUUUCUGACCUCCUUUCAGACACAAUGAUUUUACCCAAAAUACUUGCCAAGUAUUGGUUUGGAGAUGAUGCCAUUUCCUUUUCUGGAUGCUUCUUCCAGAUGUUCUUUGUCCAUUCCUUGGCUUCUCUUGACUCCUUCAUUAUCAUGCUAAUGGCAAUUGAUCGUUAUGUUGCCAUUUGCAAACCUCUGAGAUAUUUCUCUAUCAUCAGCAAUUUGUUAGCUUCUAAGGUAUGUUGUGUGUUUUGGGUAACGUCUGCUUUUAUUGGAUUAACAAUUAUAGUCAUGGGUGCAGCACUUCCAUAUUGUGGACCAAACAAAGUCAAGAACUUUUUCUGCUCAUUGACACCAGUUUCUGUUUUGGCUUGUGCAGACUCUGCCCCAACCAGGCGUACUAUUUUUGUUGUUGCCAUGUUUGUGCACCUUGUGCCAUUGUCUUUCAUUAUAUUCUCAUAUAUUAUGAUAAUAAAGACAAUUCGCUCAAAAUCUGGCUCUGGAGGUUGGCAGAAGGCAUUUUAUACAUGCACUACCCACUCAUUUGUCAUCGGCAUGUAUUAUAUACCACGACUCAUGGUUUACAUCUAUAACCAGGUCCAGCUGAUGCCAAAUGCAGAUGUAAAUGUGUUACUUAUUUGUCUUUACUCAUUUGUGCCGCAUUUUACCAGCCCUAUUGUAUACUGUCUUAGAACUGAAGAAAUCAAAAAGACUCUGGUCAUUGUGUUCAAGAAUAUGAUCAAUUCACAACAUUAA